AUGGACCGGGAGGGAGAGAGGUCUGGGCCGGCGCCGGUGAAGUAUAAGGGGGUGCGGCUGCGGAAGUGGGGCAAGUGGGUGGCGGAGGUGCGGUUCCCCAACAGCCGGAAGCGCCUGUGGCUGGGGUCGUUCCCGUCACCGGAUAUGGCUGCUAGGGCCUACGACGCCGCCAUGCUCUGUCUCCGCGGCCCCGACGAGAAGCACUACUUCAACUUCCCCGACAAGCUGCCGGACAUAGUGGCCCCCGAGUGGUUAAGCCGGCUCGAGAUAAAGGACAAGGCGGUGAGGUACGCACGAGAAGGCGCGAGGGGAUCGCAAGCUUCGCCGGCGAUGGAGAGGGGCGACAGUGGCGGCGGUGGCGAGGAGGCUGCAGAGAAGGACGGAGGCGGAGAGGGCAACUCAGGAAUUAAUGAUGUGUUGCCGCCGGAGUUUAUCUACGGCGAUCAUUUGGCAUUGGACUGGAGCGUAGCCGAUCAGGAUUACUGGAGCGACGGCGGCGAUAACGACGGUGAUAUUUUGGGUUCGAUUCAACUGUGGAGCUUUGACUGACAAAUCCCGCGUAUUUUUUUUUAAGUUUUAAAAUUCUUUUUAAAAGAUAAAAUAAAAUAGAAAUUAUGUAAAAUAUCGAUAUUAAACACCCAAAACUAUACAAAUAUUAGUAAUUAUUUGCCCAA